AGAUCACGGAAGAUUUUCAUAAGUGUGUUUAUAUUGAUUUUCAUUCUUAUAGGACUUCAAAGUUAUGAGUGGCUUAAAGACACAGAUUUUUCUCACAAAUCCAGACAAUUGUAUGCUGUAAUUGCAGAAUAUGGCUCAAGACUUUAUAAUUACCAGGCCAGACUUCGUAUGACAAAAGAGGAACUGGAAUUUUUAAAGAGAGAAAGCCAGACUUUGAAAAACAAUUUCCGUGAAAUUCUACUUGUAAAAGAACAAAUAGAUGCUCUAAAGGUAUUUCUAAGAGAACUGAAGGAUGGUGUGUACAAUGCUAGCUGGAGUGGGGAUCCUAUUGAGAAACAAGACAACAAGGACAUUUUUGAUGAGGAAAUGUCAAAUUUGGUAAACUAUGUACUUAAGCAGUUGAGAGAAGAUCAAGUCCAGAUGGCUGAUUAUGCCCUCAAGUCUGCCGGAGCCUCCAUCAUUGAAGCUGAGACUUCAGAGAGUUACAGAAAUGAUAAGGCAAAACUGUACUGGCAUGGGGUAGGGUUCUUAAAUUAUGAAAUGCCUCCAGAUAUUAUUCUUCAGCCAGAUGUUCAUCCCGGGAAGUGCUGGUCAAUUCCAGGCUCUCAGGGACAUACCCUCAUCAAGCUGGCCAGGAAGAUUGUACCAACUGCCGUUACCAUGGAACACAUCUCAGAGAAGGUCUCUCCCUCAGGAGACAUCUCCAGUGCACCCAAGGAAUUUUCUGUCUAUGGCAUCUCAAAAGAAUGUAAUGGAGAAGAAAUUUUCCUAGGCCAGUUUAUAUAUAACAAAAAAGGAACCAUCAUUCAAACAUUUAAGCUUCAGCAUGAAGCUUCUGAAUCUAUAUUAUGUGUGAAGCUUAAAAUCCUCAGCAAUUGGGGGCACCCGAAGUAUACUUGUUUAUAUCGAUUCAGAGUUCAUGGCAACCUAGAUUGCAUCUAG